UGACCUGAGGUGUACUGACAGAGCAUGCAUACGCCCAUCUAUGAUCACAUACUACACACACACUAGGUAGACGUGAUGCUGAUGGCUGUGUUUUCUGGAAGCUGAUCUGAAUUUUCUGAUAAUAGCGCUGUAAAAGUUGAUACCAGGAUACACUCUUCUUCUGAAAUGUGGACAUAGGGGUCAUAAACACUUGGAGUGCAUUCCUUCACCUCGGGUUUCUGACCUGCUGCAACCAUGUUGAGACACUUUCCUCAGAUGCCAGCAAAGAUGCUGUAGACAAGAUUGAUCUGUUAAGGGAUGGCAGCAGUUCAGAGCUCUGGCUUUGAGGACCCCCACCUGGGGUCAUGCCCAGAUGGAGAUGAAAUCUCACUUUUGGAUGAAGACACAGACUCUGGAAGUUUGCUGUCUGAAGAUUCCGUGCUCCCUGAGUAUGAACUAGAGGAUGGGAAAAAGGGAACUGCCAACACACUGUAUGAGGCUUGUGUCCAGAAUGACCCAGAAGCGCUGAAGAGGAUUUUGGAACGUGGUGUGACCUGUGAUGAGGUCAUGGAAGUUGACAUUAAUGGAUGGAAUGGACUGAUGGUGGCUGCAUAUAAAGGCUUUCUUCAAAUAGUGUAUGAGCUGCAUGGCUGCCCACAUUUGAACAUUAACCACCAAGACAAUGACGGCAACACCGCCCUUAUGAUCGCCGCUCAAGCUGGUCAUGUCUCCAUAUGUAACUACAUCAUGAAUUACUUCCCUGGAGCAGACACAGAGAUCAGAGAUAACAGAGGAUUCACUGCCCUCAUUAAAGCUGCCAUACAGGGCAGGAAUGAUGUGGUGGCUGCUCUUAUAAUGCACGGUGCUGAUGUAAAUGCUGUAGACUCCAAUCGUGGUAAAUGUGCACGUGACUGGGCGCUGAAGACUGGCCGCUUUGACACACUGAAACGACUGCGCCACCUUGCGCUCCAUCCCACAGCGGAGCAGUUCUGUGAUACCUACGUUCCCGAGUGGCCCAACCUCAAGGUGCUGGUCAGCAAAGCAACAGCCAACAGGAGUGCAGGUCAGAAGUUGACACAUCAUUUGAAGAAUAGGUUCGGUUUCAGCUUCCCACGUGACCCAGUGGAAAACGGUGUCAUGGAUCACAUGGUGCGAAUGACCACCAGUCUGCAUAGCCCACUCAUAGCUACAGCUACACGGCCACUGUGCCCGAGCAGCCCUCCACAGAUGGGUAAACGGCGGCUGGCUGUGGCUGAGCUGAUGCAAAAGCACUCUGAGAAACUGCUGGAGGAGAGUUCACUGUGCCACCGAAACAGCUCCAUCUCCUCUGUGUCUCCAUCUUUCCAUUCAGCCGAGUUUGUGUCUAUGACCUGCUGUCCCGAUACUGAGAGACGGGGCAGUGUGCUGUCCAUUGGUAUGCGCACAUUCAUUCCUCGUAGCGUAGCAUCAAGGCGCAAUAGCAUUUUCCCCUCCGGCUGCAUCCCACAGAUCAAAGUCACCAAAUCCUCCGAGCCAACUCCGAAGAAAGAAAAGAAGAACAAAAAAGAUAAGGGCUACCUGGAGCCUCCAAAGUGGAAGUAUAAGGAGGCCAAGGAAGAGAAGAAGAAAGAGAAGAAAGCCUUGAAGGAAAAGGAGGAGAAGGACAAAGAGAAAAAAAGCAAAGACAAGGAGAAAAGAAAAAAGAAUAAAUACACUGACUAAAAGGGAUACACUUUGGUUACAAUGUCUUCCCUUCAUUCAUAUCGAAGUCCCUUUAAGGCAAGUCAUUUCACUCAGUGGCCAUCUUUGAAAUGCCUACAGUUUACAGUUGGAAUCAACAUUAAAAUUUAAUAACAGACUCGUAAGAUAA